AAGUCAAGUAAAAUUUCCAGCAGUAACCCAACUCGCGAAUUCAAAUCCUCCCGCAACCCUUCGAGCUUUCGGCCUUCAAUCAUCACCGCAAAGAUGUCUCACGAAAGCGUCUGGAACUCCCGCCCCCGAAACUACGGCAAGGGCUCUCGCAGCUGCCGCGUCUGCAAGCACAAGGCCGGUCUCAUCCGAAAGUACGACCUCAACCUGUGCCGUCAGUGUUUCCGUGAGAAGGCCAAGGAUAUCGGCUUCAACAAGUACCGAUAAACGAUCAUGACACCCGGUUUUCUCGGUUAAGGGAUGGGGGGGACUGCUGGAGAGCAUAGUAUUGUGUGGAUGGGGGGACUCCCCAGCAGAACGUCAAAGGCCUCGCGGUAACAAAAAAAGAGCACUCGGAAGGCGGCCGCUUGGAACAGGAGUUUUAUGGCUUGCUUGGGUCCCUCAGGAAGAUCGUGCGUCUGACGAAAAUCCUCCGAGGAUAGACGAAUACCAUUGCAUCGGACCUCGAUCAUGUCUCUGUGUCCUGUCUUAUCCUCCCACUUUUCCGCACGACUAGCCUGUGGCUAUGGAGUGCAUCGAGUCAAUGUGAUUAAUGACAAUUCUAAAGAAAAACUCCAAGUGCUGGCCCUCCCGCAUCCUUGAAGACCCCGUUGUGCUCAUCAAAUGUUGAUCCAACCAUCAUUAUUCAUCACUGCCACAAUGAUUAUCAUAUUGCCGCAACGGACAAGGAUUCAAGGUGAAAUGGAUGUUUUUCGUUUAUAAGUCUUAUUACUGCCUCCCCUAGAUUUUAUCUAAUUCAAAUCACCAAAAGGUGGGAGGAAGCAGAGCGGAGAUCUUUGAGCCCCUAGGCCAGCUAAAUAAAUAUACAGGAGCCGAAAUGGACUCAAAGAAAGACAUUGCAUGAUUGUACAUAAGCGUAAUAAUUCGUACACCGUCCCCGU